UCCUCUGCGGGGAGAUUCAAACAGAAUUGUCACUAAUACCGGUCGGGAGUUAUCUGCCCGGUAUCAGACCCAACGAGUCCUUGACAACCUGCCCAAAUGCAUAUCUAGAGCGCUACUGACGGAAUCGGUGGGGGGAAAUGGAUGAGGAGUCCCUCAAAGAGACCUUUGACACAGAAGAGGAACAGCUAAAGCACUACCUUCUUCACGGCGGGUUCAACCUUAACGACCUUCCUCAGAUUCACUCCAAUGUCGUCAAACUAUACAUCUGCGCCAGUAGGAAAGAGUUUGAAAGAGAACGAGAAGUUUUGAUGAAAAAUGUAUACCCUGACCUGAGACGUCACUUCCGGGACAACCAUGGAGUGGACUUCCACGUUGUCGAUUUACGAUGGGGAUCUAGGAAGGAAGAUGAUGUGUUCCAGCCGAUGUUUCUUCGAGAACUUCAACGAUGUCAGAAAUCUUCCAUGGGCCCAAAUAUUCUUUGCAUGUUGUGCGAAGAUGAAGAUGUUUGGUAUCCACCAAUAGAAGUAGAGAAAGACGAAUACGAAACUUUACUGGAAUUUUUAGCUUCGUGCGGUUUUGAAGACGAGGUUCUGUUUGUAGAUAGAUGCUACAAAGAAGACAAAAACGGCCCUACACCGUACUAUCAUUUACAAGUGGAUUUCCAGCAGGGCUACUCUGAAAAAUGGUCAUCUACACUUGCUAUACUACAAAGAAUAUUCUUAAAAGCUUCCGAAGCUUGUCUAGAAAAAGGAAUGAUCGACACAGAAACGUAUAUGGAGUUCAAGCCAAUAGGCCUGGAAAAUGAAGUAGAAACUGGAAUAUUGGCAGUUGAUCGGCAACAUAGAGACAAAAAUUGCAUUUUGUAUGUAAAACGACCACUACGAGAUGGAAAAGAUAGCCCGGUGGAUGACUGCAGUAGUUCAUGUACAGAGAGUAGUAAUGGGUUUUUACCGAAAAGUCUUAGAGAGACUGUCCAUGAAAAUAUGCGACGAAGUGGAAUCGUUAUAACUGCAGAGGAAAUUUCAUCUGAUCGAAAAGAAUUAUCUAAAACAUUUGCAAGCAAAUUAUAUUGUACAGUGAAAGGGAUGGUUGAUGAGUCCAUAAGAAACCAAAACACCGUGAAGAACGAUUUGUUUUUUAGGGAAGUUUACAAUCACUGGAGCUUUCUUAAAUCUUCCCAAUGCCCAUGGCUUGAGAGAGAUGAUUUGAUGUCUGCAACAAAGGAUUACUUUUUAUCAGAAACGGACAGACCUUUUGCAAUUAUUGGGGGAAAUGGAGUUGGGAAGACAUCUGCAAUGGUGAAAAUUAUUAAAGACGUGAACACUGCCAUAUUCAACAAAGACUUAUCGAUGAGGACGGUCAUUGUGUUUAGAUUCGUUGGAGAAACUCAAAUCACCACCUCACGUCAGUUUCUUUACAACCUCUGUCGUCAUUUGGUUGACUUGAUGGGAAAAGAUCCGAAUGAAAUCCCAACAGAUUACAAGCAGUUGAAAUACUACUUCUCUGAGCUUCUCCUUAGUGGGGAGUUUGGUGGAUUGUUGAUAAUUCUCCUGGAUUCAGUAGAUCUGUUACAAGAUAACCACAACUUCGAAUGGCUGCCAAUAAAAAUUGCAGUCAAUGUCAAAUUGAUUGUGUCUUGUAGCUCAAAUAGGGAGAGAUUGUGCGCGUGCUUGUUAGACAAGUGCAAAGACAGCGUCUUCUAUUUAAACCCAUUAAAUUCCACAGAUUGUGAAAGAAUUUUCAGAGCUAUGCUUAGCUCAAGUUGGAGGUCAGUUACAUACGAACAGAUGUCAAUCGUAAAAGACGCGUUCCAGGUGUGCACAUUGCCUUUAUUUUUAUCAAUGGCUAUUGAAGAAGCAAAGCGUUGGCAUUCCUACGACGACACUAGUUUUUGUGUCGUCGGAAAAAGUGUGAAAGAAAAUAUACAAAUCAUUUUUGAACGAAUCGAUAAAGAACAUGGAACUUUAUUUGUAUCUCGUUUUCUUGGUUACCUUACUGCUUCUAACUUGGGCUUGAGCGAGUCCGAGUUACUUGAUAUCAUGUCGAUCGAUGAAGUUCUACUAGAUGACGUCACGGAAUACUGUGAAACUCCCAUAAGAAGAAUGCCAUCAUAUUUCCCAGUUCGUUUGUUACAUGACCUUGAACCUUUUGUCAAGGAGAGGGAGGUUGAUGGAAUACUAGUAUUAUCAUGGAAACACAAGCAGUUUUACGACGCAGCAGUGGAAAGGUAUUUAAGAGACAAGGAAUUGGAAGAAGUUCUUCAUUCAAACAUCGCGGACUAUUUCUUGGGCACAUGGGGAGGAUCCGCACGAAAACCAUAUCAGUGCAAGAACGAUAAACCGAAAGGAGAAAAAGAAGCAUGUCGAUUUUUGUGCGAGCAACCGAAUCACUUCGGAAGUACUGAAGCAACGACGACUUACAACAUAAGGAAAUUCCAACACCUUUGUUACAGUCUCCGAGAAAGUAAUCGUAUCGACGACCUGAAGAGUCACGUGCUGUGUAAUCUAGAGUAUAUGUUGCAAAGAAUAAAGUCAGCAACAAUUCAGGAACUCUUGAGAGACUACAAUGAUGCAUCUGAUCGAGAAAUUAGAAUUGUCGAGGAUGCCUUAAAAAUGGCAGUACCAACCAUCGAAAAGGACCUAAAUUGUUUGGGGGCGGAGUUGUCGGGUCGACUGAUACAACAUACUAAAUCCCACAAGUACAUUCGACAAUUAGUUUACACUUGUGACUUGUAUGCACAAAGGUAUUGCCCGUUAGUUCCUAACUGCCAGUGUUACAACACGCCAGGCGGGCCACUGCAAUACAAAUUUAAUGCCGAAGGUGCGUCAAAUAUUUAUUUUCAUCAGAGUCCCCGUGGUAUUUUUCUAACAGCUAAAACUGCUGGCUCGCUUUCGUUGAGGGCAUGGGAGAUCACAAAGGGGGAUCCGCGGCCUGAAAUAGUGAUGCCUUUUGGUCAAAUUUACUCGACGACGGAUGGAAAUUUUCUGAAUGUGUUUUGCAAUGACGGAACUGUUCGGAUAUUUCGUUCCGAUUGUGGUGAACUGUAUGAUUCAAUCGAAUAUAAAUAUGAUGAUAUCGCAGGUGUUUGUGUUUCAAAGAAGUAUCUAGCACUUGUGUUACAAAGAGAGCCUGGUCCAUAUCUCAUCAACGUUGCCGACGCAUCGCUAAUUCAUAGAUUUAGCUACCAUUCACGAACCAUAGCAUUCAAUUCCCAGGAAACAUACUUUGUUUGUGAGUCAGGACGUACUAUUUACCUGUUUGAACUGCCACAGCUAGUUCGAAAAUGCACAGGAGAAGCUAGCGAUGUCCCGAAACAAAUUAUUCUCUGGGAAAAUAAAAAAUGUUUUGUUGUGACCAAGAGCAAACAAGUUGAAGCAAUUACCUUCGAUAUCACCAACAAACACUUCAGGAGGAAUAACCUUAUGACCGAUAUCGACAUCCGGGAUAUGAAACUAUCCAACAAUGGAUCAACUCUAGUUAUCAUGGCAGGAAAGAGUCUUCGUUUGUUUGCGACCAGUACAGAAAAACAAAAGCCCCUAAACAACAAUUUACCAUCUUGUUGUUUGGCAUAUCCGUCUUCUAACUACGCCAGCGUGUCCUACUCUGUAGAUGACAGCUUGCUGAUUGCAAUAAGAGGUUCUUUUGUUCUCAUUUGGAAAACAGACACUGGAAAACUCGCACGUAUUUUCCAGACAGGAAACGCUCCUCUUUUGAAACUGUUGACGUCAUUUGCAACUAAUAAAGCAGCUACAAUAUCUGCGGACAACGACGUACAAGUUUGGGAUUUAAGCAACAUCGAUCAUGCAAUCGCACAUUCCAACGAAAUAUUUCAAAGUCCGGUCAAAAUUGCCAAAAUACUUCAUGACAAACAUCAAGUUGUCUGUGUAGGUUCAAAUAAGGAUGAUGCCAAAAUUGUGAACAGCAGUAGUGGACAAAUUGAAUACGCUUUAAGCAACAACAAAGACAUCGGUCAUGUCCGUGAAAUCAUUGUUUCAAAGGAUGGAAACUACGUCAUUGCACGAAUGAAUUCUCAAAGUUUGAAAGACCAGACCUCCUCUGAGAAAGUCGUUCUGUAUGAUGAUAUAGUAUGGGAUGUACGGGUUAGAAGUAAGAUUCGACACGUUUUUGAUAGUCGCUUCGCUGUUUUCUCCGAAAACUGUAGAACUCUCGUUUUCGUAACCUCGGCGAAUAUAUCCGACCAUUGGAAGAAUAAUGCAUACAACUUAGAAAUCACAGCUUUAGAUUCAGACUACAAUUUCCUAUGCGAUUUCCCAGAGAAGACAGAGUUUUUGACCACUCCCUGCGUUGUUUCUGAAGAUGAAUUCAGUUAUUUGGUAGGAGUUGUCAAAACCUUUACUUUAGAUGAAGAAAAUGAAAGUGAAAAUGAAUUUGAAACACGUCUUCUUGUCCGUGGGCUGUUCAGUCCCUCUGCAACGAACAGAAUGAUAAAAAUCACUGACGUUAUUCAGACGCUGGGCGAAAACGAUACCCUUAUUGACGUUUUUCCUUAUCAGGAAUGUAGCUGUUUGGUUGUAUAUGAGAGGAGAGAAGAAUUGAAUACAGCCAUUUCCUAUCCAAAAGGAGCUGUAGUUUAUAAUGUCGAGAAAGAAGAAUGCCUAACUCAUUUUUCUUCAUUCUUAGAACCAGCGACUGAUAUGACCAAAAUUCAAUUUUCUUCGCACAACAAGGUCAUUUUAGACGAUAAAGGAAUCCUUUUCUCCACUGAAUCAAAUUUCAAAGUACCAAAUACACGCAACAAGGAGCGAGACUUAAAAUGCCCGUGUUUAGCGCUGAAAGGGCAAUAUAUUGUUGGUUUGUCCAAAGACUGUACAGAAUUGCUGGUUCUUCGUGCCUGUGAUGGCGUACAGAAUGCUAAAAUUCCGGUCCAUGGCCGAGGAUGUUGCCUGAGUGUGGGUUACGAUGACAGAACGAUCGUCGUUGGCUGCGAGGACGGAAAAGUCAUGGUGUGGACUUUGAUUUUACAACUGAGUGACCCUAUGGUAGAAGUAAUUUCAAAACUCCCAAGUCGAACUCCUGUUCCUGAUAAGAUGAACCAUUCAUCAGAAUUAUUGGAGAAUGAUAUAAAUUAUAUAACAAGUCGAAAGUCAUUAAACCAGACGGUGUCAAGUCAGACUGACAACAGAAGACCACCAAGUCAUCAGACCGUGUCCACCGCGGUGUUUCUGGCGCAGCAGACAAGUCUAGGAAGAGAGACACCGUGUUAUGUACAAUGAAAAGACGAUAGUAACUGCUAGUCCAUGAUAUCAAUGACAACUUGUUAUAAAUUGUGUGCUAAUUACUAGGAUUUUUUGAGUUUUUUAUAGCCAAAACACUCUGAGAUUACAUACCAUAUAAGAUAGGUCACACAAUAAUGCAAUCUGGAUAACCACUUAGUUCAUAAUGGCAUUGUCUUAUCGUCAACUUGUAGAUGGACGGUGUAGUGGCACGGUGGUGUAAAAACGAUUGUAAAAAAAAAAGAAGAGAGAUGAUAUGUUAUUUCAUCGCGUUACUGUUCCCUCUAGCUCGUGAUAUCGCAUAUUCCUCAUCGCGUUUCGAUAACGCGAAUUUAAAUUAACUGUCCUUAUACGUCAGGGGCGGAUCCAGGAACUGCUGACGUUGUGUGUGCUUCUCAUCAUUUAUAACUUAUUUAUUUACGUACAUCAGUUGACAUGCAAUAAAAUCGCUAUGCAAAUAUUGGUA